AUGAGUGACGAGGAAAAAUCACAAGGUACUUCCACGGAUCCUCAACGCUUAACGCGUGCAAGUGGAAAGUCAUCCAAGAAAGCAAAGCAAUCGUUUGCCGCAACUCAAAACACGAUAUUUGGCUGGAUAUUGAGUGGUCAAAUCCCCGAAAAGGUGUCGUGCUUCUCAACUCAGGUAGAACAAAUCUGGAGUGAGCGCCUAGAUUCCCAACUCCGAAGAUUCUGGGAACUGGAAGAAGUUCCAAAACCCAAAAUAACCAGUCCCGAAGAUGAAAUUUGUGAAAAUUUGUUCAAGUCUACAACCACAAGAGCUCGCGAUGGUCGUUAUAUGGUCCGGCUGCCUUUCAAACCAAGUUUUCCGGAACAAAUCGCCUUAGGUCAGUCUCGCACCUCAGCUCUCCAGCAAUUUCUCAGCAUGGAGAGAAGUCUUCUUAAAAAAACUGAUCUUAAACCUCUUUACGACAACGUGUUGGAGGAAUAUGUAACCCUUAACCAUAUGGAAGUAACAACUCCAUAUGAAAGCGCUUUCGGAGACAAAUUUUGGGCAUUCUAUCUCCCUCACCACGCGGUGGUAAAACCCGAAAAGAAAACGACAAAGGUAAGAGUCGUCUUCAAUGCAUCUAAGAAGUCAGGGUCAGGUUACUCUCUCAAUGAUGUUCUCUGUACCGGACCCACCCUCCAACCCGACCUGAUGCUAUUGAUACUCAAAUGGCGCACAUAUAAGUUCGUUUUCAAUGGCGAUGUCGAGAAAAUGUAUCGCCAAAUACUUCUACACGACGUCGACCAAGAUUAUCAACGAAUUGUAUUUCGUUCAGACACAAAUAGCCCCAUACGCGAUUACAAAUUGAAAACCGUCACCUUCGGCGUGAAUUGUGUGCCUUACCUCGCAAUACGCACCCUCCACCAACUCGCAGAAGACGUGAAAACGUUACAUCCCAAGGCGGUUUCAAUAUUGAUAAACGAGACAUAUGUAGACGACAUUCUCUCUGGUAGUCACGAUACACUAUCGGCCCAAGAAUCCCUCUCGCAAGUUAUUCAAGCUCUCAAUUCGGCAGGCUUCCCAGUGAAAAAAAUAACUGCCAACCGUCCUGAAAUUCUUAAAAAUAUCAAUGCGGAUGAUUUGCUUGAUACUCAUUUUCUCGAAUUUGAGAAAAUGGAAAUCGACAAUGCUCCGCAGCCUGCCCCGCGCAAGUUUGUGCGAUCCAGCGUGGUAUUGACGCCCAGCGCCGCAGCAGAAAACGACUCUGCAACACGCAAACAGCAGCAGGAGGAUUAUCAAAAAUGCCGUAUGGAAAUUGACAAUGCUCCGCAGCCUGCCCCGCGCAAGUUUGUGCGAUCCAGCGUGGUAUUGACGCCCAGCGCCGCAGCAGAAAACGACUCUGCAACACGCAAACAACAGCAGGAGGAUUAG